GUUGGAAUAUACGAAGGGAUGACCAUAUUAAAAUCACCUCACCAGACGAAUCCUCGGAAAGUGAUGGGGAAACGGAGCCUGCACCCUCAUUUCAUAGAAGGAUAUCUACUAAUAAAGAAAUCAAGACCUCGUGGAAUUAAUAUAGUUUUCACCGCCAGUUGGCGCUGCAGGCACAUUGACUGAAUUUUGGCGAUUUCAAAUUUGGCGGUGGCUCAACUUUUUUGCAAGCAGUGCUGCUGAUUGGCCGAUCGAUAGAAGAGAUGCCACCAUUUAAAAAUGGCGGUAGUCGCUGCUUCAAUGAAGAGAUGCCUUAAAGAGGGAUACUUAAUGAAACAAACCACAUCAUUCCAGAGAUGGAGAAGAAGAUAUUUUAAGCUCAAGGGAAGAAAACUUUACUAUGCAAAGGAUACUAUUUCUAUGAUCUUUGACGAAAUCAGUUUAACCGAUCUCAGUGUUGCCGAGUGCAGCACCAAAAAUGUCAAUCAUAGUUUUCAGGUUAUCACACCAUUUCGGAACUUGGUUCUUGGGGCUGAGUCUAGGAAGGAAAUGGAGGAAUGGAUAUCUGCCUUAAAAUCUGCAGCAAAUAAUGAAUAUUAUGAUCCCAAGGUAGAGCAUCGUGACAUGCUUUCAGGGCAACACAACUGGUAUGCAUGUUCACACGCACGACCGACUUACUGUAAUGUAUGCAAGGAGGCCCUGUCAGGGGUCACGUCACAUGGCCUCUCCUGUGAAGUGUGCAAGUUUAAAGCUCAUAAACGGUGUGCUGUGCGAGCACAGAACAAUUGUAAGUGGACAACACUUGCGGCAGUUGGGAAAGACAUCAUUGAAGAGGAAGAUGGGGCAUUAGCAAUGCCUCAUCAGUGGUUAGAGGGGAAUCUACCAGUCAGUGCCAAAUGUACUUUUUGUGACAAAACGUGUGGGAGUGUGUUGCGGUUACAAGAUCAGCGGUGUCUGUGGUGCAGAGCCAUGGUGCACACAUCGUGUGUCGUGACUUACCCAAAAACAUGCCCGCUGGGCCCGUGUCGGGUAUCAGUACUACCACCAAUCUGCAUAAACAACAUUGACUCAGACGGAUACUGGGAGGCCACAAGACCUCUUGGAACUUGUCCAUUGUUGGUGUUCGUCAAUUCAAAAAGUGGGGACAAUCAGGGUGUAAAGUUUCUACGACGUUUCAAGCAGCUCAUGAACCCAGCCCAGGUGUUUGACCUAAUGAAUGGUGGGCCAUAUACUGGGAUACGCCUGUUCCAAAAGUUUGAUCCAUUCCGCAUUCUGGUUUGUGGGGGAGAUGGUAGUGUAGGCUGGGUGUUUCAAGAAAUGGAUAAACUCAAGUUGCAUAAUCAGUGUCAAGUAGGAGUACUACCCCUAGGGACUGGGAACGAUCUUGCCAGGGUACUAGGCUGGGGCAGCGUCUUCGAUGAUGAGACACAGAUACAGAUAAUCCUCGAAAAAAUGGAACAUGCUCAGAUUAAGAUGCUGGACCGAUGGAGCAUCAUGACAUAUGAAGGGACGAUGCCACCGCCAAGAAAACUUUCUCAACAGUUUGAUCCAAUCUCAGUAUAUGAGGAUUCAGUUGCAGCUCAUCUUUCCAAAAUCUUACACUCUGAUGACCACUCUGUGGUCAUUUCAUCUGCAAGAGUUUUAUGUGAAACAGUGAAAGAUUUUGUUGCAAAAGUUGGCACAGCCCACGAAAGAGUUGACUUUGAUGAGGAGGACGAGGAUGAUGACAAUGAUGAAGAGGAUAACUCAAUAUCAAGAAAGUGUGCGGUUUUAAACGAAAAACUGGAUGCCUUAUUGAACACCUUGAAUGCUGAGUCAAAAGCUUCCAAAAAAGCUGAGGCCAAGGUCCAGGAGGAAAUAAAAGCCGUUGUGAAACUAUUGGAACCUAAACCAGAAAAGCCAAAGAAAGAAGUGGAUAAGAAUAAAGAAUCUUCAAAGACACUUGAUCCUCCGAAAAGCCUGGAUUUGAAUGGGGAAAGUUCUCGUGAUGAUGUCGCAUCUAGUGGACUGACACCCCCCAAGCCCACGAGGAGAAGAUCUUCAACACACUCAGCAUUCCGUGCUCGUGAAGCCCUCAUGUCGCGUGCUAAUAGCCUCAAGAAAGCAAUAAGACAGAUCAUUGAACACACAGAGCGUGCGGUCGACGAACAAAACGCUCAGAGCCUUCUACCUACAAUCCAUUCCCCAUGCCCUGGGACGCCGUGUCCGGGUACACCAAUGAUGAACUCUCCAAUAAAUGAAAAGAAGGAAUACCCAGAAGCCGGAACGUCAUCAGGAAGCAAAUUUUUAGAAGUGCCACAAUUUUCUGUUUUUACGUCGCCGGGAAACUCACGGCCGAAUUCACGUUCUGCAAGCCCAAGACUGUCUCCACGAUUGAAGCGACUCGGCAAAGAAAAAGAAGGUUCACGUUCACCACGAGUGGGAGGUGCCUUUCGUCGCAUCAGCAGCAUGAGUACAUUCCGUCGAUCUACGAGUUACCAGUCAGGGUUGUCAAAAGGAGAGAAAAGUCCAACGACAGAGCAAAUUCCAAAUAUGCCCAUCCUGGGAGGGGUGCCUAUGUUUCCAUUAUUACCUAGUAUCAGCAGUAUGGCCAAUUCCAUAGCAGGAGGUAGUUUCAUCAGCAAGGUCCUGUUAGCAAAUGCUGAUGCCUUGUGUGCUGCCGCUUCACCUUUGAUAGAAGAAGACAUUGCAUUGGAGGACUACACUGAAAGGUGUGUGAUGAACAACUACUUUGGUAUCGGCCUAGAUGCCAAGAUAGCGUUAGAUUUUCAUUUAAAAAGAGAAGAACAUCCUGAGAAAUGCAGUCGUACCAAGAACAUCAUGUGGUAUGGUAUGUUAGGUGGCAAAGAACUUCUUCAGAAGACAUUCAAAAAUCUUGAUGAACGAGUACAGCUGGAGUGUGAUGGACAACGGAUACCCUUGCCAAGUUUGCAAGGCAUUGUGGUCCUGAAUAUUGUCAGUUAUGGCGGCGGGACAAACUUCUGGGGUGGCACGAAGGAAGACGAUAGUUUUACUGCCCCAAGUUUUGAUGACAAGAUAUUAGAAGUGGUUGCGGUGUUUGGUAGCAUUCAGAUGGCUAUGUCACGUGUCAUGAACUUACAACAUCACAGGAUUGCUCAGUGUCGGAGUGUAAAGAUCUGCAUAAUGGGAGAUGAGGGUGUGCCUGUCCAGGUAGAUGGUGAAGCAUGGAUACAACCACCAGGGUAUAUGAGGAUUGUACAUAAGAAUAGAGCUCAGGUUUUAACGAGGGAUAGGGAGUUCGAGAGUACUUUGAAGUCUUGGUCAGAGAAGUUGAAGUUUGAUCGGCCGACAAGUCUGUCAUCUUUAUAUCAUAUCAAUGAAGAUGAGUCAACGAUUCUACAGGGAUUUGUCGAUUCAUCAGCAGCACUUAUAAAGAGUGUGAAAGUUGCAGCCAUUACACAUAGUUCUGUAGAGCAGGACCUAUUCCAGUUGGCGACCCAUGCUUCAGGAUGCCUUGAUCGUCUAUAUCCAUCGGGACGAUUAGCAGAGGCUGAAGGAACCGACAGUGAAGGACAUCAGCCUGUGGUGCGUAACCAUGUGAUAGAACUUGUCCAGAGUGUCAAGAUGUUACAUCAGGAGACAAGUGCUUUCUUAUCAGAGAAGGCAGGCAAUGUGCGUUUGAGGCCAGACCUUGAAGAGAAAUUAAGUGCCGCUUUGGCCAACAUUGAGACGGACACGAAAAAGAUGUUAGAUAUCCCUGGCUUCCAAGUGGACGAGGAGUACUUAACUGGUGGCGACACCAAGCGACACAAACAUGGCAAAUUUAAAAUCAUGACCAGAUUAAUGUUUGGGAAGAAAGAGAAGGACAAGUACUUAUUAAGCCCUCAGCAAAUACUAUGCGUGAAUGAAUGGACCCCAGAAGAUGUGGCCCAGUGGCUAGAAGGGCUAGGUCUGGGUGAAUACAAAGAUGCCUUCAUCAAGAAUGACAUACAAGGACCAGAGUUACUUCACUUAGAGAGGAGAGAUUUAAAGGACAUGGGUAUCCACAAAAUCGGCCAUGUCAAGCGGUUGCAGCAAGCCAUCAAAGACAUCACGAGGCAGAUGUCGCUACUGGACAAGUCGGCGGUUGCCCCGUUAUGACACUCGUCAGAUUUGAAGUCACCUGAUAUGAUGUAUUGAAAGAAACUGCACUUGAUCCUCUUGACAGGUUACCUUCCAGAAGUAGGAGGCAGUGAAUGCAACUGGCAAUUGGAGGGCAACAAUAGUGGAAAUGAUAUUGGAGCUUUCAAAUGACCGGAGGUCUGGAUGACUUUUGAUUUAAUCAUCCCAGAAGUCAGCUGAAAACUGUCUGCUCAACUUCUUCUCACUCUUAACCUAUUUCUGACCUGUGUGUCAUGUUCUCUCUAAUUUCUACCUUUUCCUUGACGCUACACAUCUGGACCAUCACCUCCAGCAACAACUCCCCCACCAGGGGGUCAAGACUGAAAAAUAGAAAGUGCAAUAUAUCGCUUAUUAUUGACUUGUUUUCGCUAAUAGUUAUAUGAUAGGUACUCCUGAUACAGAUGCAUCACUCCUUGCAGGUUUUUGAUUUGGUCUACUUUUCAAGGUCACAGAGGUAAAAUGGCAUGAAAUUUCCGUUUGGCUAUAUAUUAUAGCACGUUUCCUAACCAGCAUGAAUUAUUAGCCUUUGCGUGCUCAUAUUUUUUUAGAAAAUCAGAAAAUGUUACA